UAAGUGAAGUAAAGCGUUUAACGAAUCACAACACAAAUGUUGCACCAAAUUAUGAAAUACAGGUACAUUUCUUAAAUAGACUCGUAUUGCCCAUUCACUUGUUAAGUCUGGAUACGUGUUCUCCGCAAAUAUGUCUGAACAACAAUUGUUUGGUGGAGCAUUCACAGUCACCUUACCAGAGGCUAGGAAUGAUAUGAGUGUGGUGCGCCAGAUACCGGACAACCAGGAGGUGUUUGUUCAUCCAGGCACAGACCAGAGUAUUAUCAUAGAGCUCAUGGAGGCAGUGGACUCACAGCAGCCGGAUGAACACGCCAUCAGUACCCACUUUGAAGACCUUGCUACUACCAAUGGCGCAGCUGGGGAUUCAAAGAUUGUUCGCUUGGAGCAGAUACCAAUAGAAAACAUCAGUCUACAAGAAGCAGAGUCAUGCUGGUACAUUCUUGGGGAGCAGAACAUCUCCAAGUUCAACGAAGCUGCUAAAAAUUCGGUGGAGAUCCAUAUGGGACUUCUGCGUGUACCCAAGUAUACCACCGAUAUCCUGAUAACCUUCAACGAUCCAAUCAACAUCAGCCUGGAUAGCAGCAGUCAUCAGCCUGUGGCCACAUCUACCGUGCGCUGGCACAGUGGAGACUUCCGCACUGCUCUCACCACCCUGACACUUCAGGAUCCCGGCAUCUUUGGAGUAUGACAUCGUCAUGACAACAACUGUAUCGAAGCACUCAUUCUCUAUGGGGUCCAGCUGAGUAUGGAGAAUGUCUGUCAGCGCAUGAACAAUCUUACAUCUCAGCUAUAAGAAUAUGCACAUAUUCAUUCUCAAACUUAGGGUAGAGUCAGACUCAAAACUAAAAAAACUACUUUUUAAACACGAAAUUCAGCUGGAUGGUCAAACUCAUUUUCAAAAGAAAAAACUCAAAGCUGAGUCAAAAUGUUGUAAAGACCUUGGCAUCUUUGGAGUGUGACAUUCUCAAGAAAAAAAAAGAUUUAAAAAAAACUCCAUUGAAUUUGUCUUUUGAAAGCUACAAAGGCAAAUCAAAAUAUUUUGCUGAUAUGGUCUAUUGGGUUUCAGUUGAGGAAAACGGGUAUGUCAUCUUAUUGCACUGUGUUGCAAAAUAUGACCACCCUCCUUUUUAACAAAGAUUUCAAUAUGAAGGUUUGUUUCUAAGGCCUAAAGUUUUAAGUUGUAUUUCUUUGUCAUUUAGCUUUGCACAGCUUAUCAGAGUGAAUUUUGCCAUGUGCCAAAUUACUUUUGACAACUACCCAUUGGAACAUUUGAUUAAGAAAAGCCUGUUUUGGCUAAAAAUGUUUUAUUGUAUAAUCAAUCUUUAAAACCUCCCAUGCUAAGGAUUUUUAAAGAGUAUUCUCAAUUUGUACUUUGAUAAGAAAGGCAGAUGCAAACUUCAAUUUGGACAGUUUCAUGAAGAUGUUAAGAAGUGUCAAUUUUCAUUUGUAAUUUACUUAAUAAAGUAUUAUUACAAACUGCUGUCAACUAAAUUUUUUGCAACAUGUAUUGAUCAUCAUUGUGUUACUAUUUAGGGCUUAUAUUCAAACAGCUCCUUAUGGAAAUCUUAACUUAAGCUUUAUUGGAAAUGAAAUUUCAGAUCCAAGGUUUAAUUGCAAAUCCAAUGUUUUUGACUUACACAAGGAAAAAAAUAUUUUGUAGCUAUAUAUACUUGCUUUAAACAAUUUUAUGUAAACAUACUUUAACACAAACUAAUAUCAGAAUAAAGAAAUCCAGAAUUUACGUUUUAUCUAAGGAGCUUUUUGAAUACUGGCCGAAACAUUAACAAUUUUGUGGAUAAUGUUCUAUUUGUAUGUUUCUUUGUGUUGAGUAGCAACCAUAUCCAGAACGUACACUACCUGUAUAGUAUAAUAUGCUCUUUUUUGUAUGAAUACUUGAAACCAAUGUAAUUAAGCCAAGUAGAUUUUUUGCCUCGUUCUGGGAAAACUGCACUUAAUUCAUGUGCGUUAAGUGUCAUCCCAGUUUAGCCUGUGCAGUCUACACAGGCUUAUCAGGGACGACACUUUACACUUUAAUUGGCGUUUUUGUUUAAAGGAAGUCUCUUCUAAAAGAAGUUCCGGUGUAGGCAGAAAGUGUCCUUCCUGAUAAGCCUGUGCACAGGCUAUUCUGGGUUGACACUUUACGUACAUGCUUUAAGCCCAGUUUUCCCAGAAUGAGGUUCAUGUUCUCUCAGGGAUUAAAAUAUGAUGACCACUCAAACCAGCCUUUCAUUUUGCAUUGAUGAUUGAUGUUGAUAUCGUCUGACGUUUGAUUUUAAUUGUGUUCUUUAUUGCUGUGCUAUGGUCAUAUUAGUUGUACGCAGCACAUUUUGCCUGCUCAGCACUUGAUAAUUAAGUAUUGAAGUACAUGUUUUAAGUAUUUAAUAUUUGUUUGUUUAUAUACAUGUAAUUAAUUUUUAUACGUUAAAGCGUGUGAUUUGAGCAAUACAAUUUAUAGAUUUCAUAAAAUUACCAUGCAA